AUGCAUGGCGGAAAAGCGGCCGAUGAAGGCAGCCGCAAUCGCAACAGUAGGGUUAGUGACGAUGAUGCCAAAAAGGAGACGGAGGAGGAGGUCGUACCCGCGAUCCCUCGAGCUGCGUUCCUGAAAUUGAUCGAGGAGAUUGCGAACGAUAUUGACUCUGCAAUGCACUGGAAAGAAGAGGCGAUCCUAGCCUUGCAAGAAGGAGCCGAGGAUAGCCUUGCCAAGCUUGCGCGCCGCGGGACAGUCGAAGCCGAAGACAUGCGUAUCGUCCGCGACGUGCUCACCCCGAUAAGGGUGAUACAUCUUGAUCCUGCCGAGAAGGGCAUAUCUAUGCCACAGUUCAAGCGCGAACUGAAUCAGCCCCUGGUUGAGAUGGGAUACGAGGACUUCACCUGGAGAAAGGAUGCACUCAAGGUCCUGCGGAAUGCAGCCCAGGACCACAUAAUAGAAAUAUUCGAAAAGAGCGGUGCCAUGGCACGCCAGGCCGGCCACGCGACUGUAGGCAUCAAUGAUUACAGGUUCUCCCGUUUUGUCAUGCCUCGUCGCAAGGGGGAUUGA